AAACCAUCCUUAUGGUAUUAUGAAAAACUUUUAUUUCUGGAUCCUUAUGUGACACCCCGUAAAAGCCGGAAUUCAAUGGAAAACGAAGUAAAAAAACCAGAUUCACCAUGUGAGGUAGGUACAUUGGGAUUGAAAUUAGUAUUUUGAUUGUCCCUUAAGUAAAUACUUAAAUGUCUGUUAAUUUCAGAAUACUGAUAUGAUAUACUCAUUAGAAGAAAGUAGUCAUCAAAGCCUGCAAUUUGGAGAUAAUACAGAGCUUAUUCAAGAAAUAUUUGUGUCAGACGACAUGGAACCACAAACUCACGAAGAUUUUGCAGCAAGUUCUUCCCAAAAUUUUACAUUUACCAGUCAUAUCAGUCCACCGCUAUCAACAUCAUCAACAUCUGCUUCAUCAAGAAAUUCAAAUGAUCGUCCUAAAAAAAAGUUUCGGUCUAAUCCAAUUGAUGAUGUAUAUGCAAGCGCCAUUAAUAAUCUUGCAGAGUCAAUGAGUCAACCAGUUACCAUUAACAAUACAGAUAGUAUUAGGAAUACACAGACUCCAUCAUCAGACUCAAUUGACACAUUUGUUGUAUUUAUAGGAUCAUUACUUAGAACCAUUAAAAAUGAAGGUAUAAAGCUGGAAGCAAUGUACAGCAUUACCCAAACUGCAUUUGAUGCAAAAUCAAAAGACGGUAACAAAGAUGUUUAAUUACUCUGAUUUUUAUUAUAUUAUUAUUAUUAUUUGUAUGAACUUUAAGACUGAAGAAAGAGUUAAUUUAUGAUUUAUUUUAUUUUAUUCUAUUAUUAAUUAUUUUUAUUAUUUUUAUUUUGUUAA